UAUGACGGAUAAUGCCACUGUUGAAGUGUGGGCUAUACUCAUUUUGAGCAGACCUGUAAUCUGCUGCUCUUCUCUUCUCUGUUCUGUAACUCUCACUCUCUCACUUUUACUUUCUCUCUCUAAAUGCGGCGCUGAAUUUUGACCCCUUUUCCCUAUUUUUUUUGAGCUCUGAAAAUGGCAAUUGGUAGUGCUAUUUCUACUCUACAAUCUGCUCGAUUUACUGGGUUGAGGGUUUCUAAUGGUGAUGAUGUGAUGCAUUUGUCUAAGAACCGUACAUCCGUUCUUUCAUGUUGUUGCCGGUUAUUGCCACAGGAGAUGGGUACUCAAAAGAUAUAUCGUUGUGCAGGAGUGUCAAUGGACAACAAUGCUCAUGCCAAUACAUCAAAGCACUUGGUAAUAGGAAAAUGUUUCUUUGGUUUGUCCAAAGAAGAAUCUACAACAUGUCAAUCAUUCAAAAUACAUUCACUUCCAGUUGGAGCAUUACUGACCUCUGAAACUCCCGGUGUGUCUACGACACCUUCUGUGGGUGAGGAGAAAAUAGGAGUAUUGUUGCUAAAUCUUGGAGGCCCAGAGACUUUGGACGAUGUGCAACCUUUCUUGUAUAACCUUUUUGCAGAUCCGGACAUCAUUAGACUGCCUAGACUGUUCCGAUUUCUUCAGAAGCCUCUUGCUCAAUUUAUUUCUGUUUCAAGGGCUCCAAAAAGCAAAGAAGGUUAUGCUGCAAUUGGUGGUGGUUCUCCACUUCGGAAGAUCACAGAUGCACAGGCUGAAGAGUUACAGAAGGCUCUUUAUGCAAAAAAUGUUCCUGCAACUGUGUAUGUUGGUAUGCGUUAUUGGCAUCCAUUUACUGAAGAGGCAAUUGAGGAGAUAAAACGAGAUGGCAUUACAAAGCUUGUUGUGCUUCCUCUUUACCCACAAUUCUCAAUAUCGACCAGUGGUUCAAGCUUGAGACUUCUGGAAAGUAUAUUCCGGGAGGAUGAUUACCUUGUCAACAUGCAGCACACAGUCAUUCCUUCCUGGUAUCAGCGAGAUGGAUAUAUUAAGGCCAUGGGUAAUUUGAUUGAAAAAGAACUAAAGAAGUUCAAUAAUCCAAAAGAGGUUGUGAUAUUCUUUAGUGCUCAUGGUGUGCCAUUAGCUUAUGUUGAAGAAGCUGGUGACCCAUACAAGGCUGAGAUGGAAGAAUGUGUUUACUUGAUAAUGGAAGAAUUAGAAAAGAGAAGGAUUUACAAUUCCUUCACUCUUGCUUACCAGAGUAGGGUUGGACCUGUAGAAUGGUUGAAGCCCUAUACAGAUGAUACUAUUAUUGACCUUGGAAAGAAAGGUGUGAAAAGUCUUCUUGCCGUCCCAAUCAGUUUUGUUAGUGAGCAUAUUGAAACUUUGGAAGAAAUUGAUGUGGAGUACAAGGAAUUAGCUCUAGAAUCAGGUAUAGAAAACUGGGGACGUGUUCCUGCCCUAGGAUGUGAACCAACAUUUAUUUCAGAUCUGGCUGAUGCUGUGAUCGAAAGCCUUCCCUAUGUUGGGGCAAUGGCAGUGUCAAAUCUUGAAGCACGACAGUCUCUCGUUCCACUCGGCAGUGUAGAAGAGCUUUUGGCAGCUUACGACUCACAACGCAGAGAGCUACCGCCUCCAGUGACAGUUUGGGAAUGGGGUUGGACUAAGAGUGCUGAAACUUGGAAUGGAAGAGCUGCUAUGUUAGCCGUGCUGGUUCUCUUAGUGCUCGAGGUUACUACAGGGCAAGGCUUUCUGCAUCAAUGGGGUAUAUUACCAUUGUUUCAGUAAACAGAAAUGUACAUGUUAAUUUUGCCUCCUUUCCACUUUAAGUUGUUUAAAUUUAAUUUGGAUUUUCUAAACUCCCUCUUCCUCCACAAAAUAGGUACUGUGAUCAAUAUAUCUUGUAAAAAACCGUUGUACUCAGAUACAACUGUGCAUCCCUUAUAGCCCCCUUGCUAUGGGAUUUCGAAGCAUAUAUACUAGUUAGCAUACACCACAUUUCUUACCUUAAAUCAGUGUUUUGAAUCCACAUUUAGUAAAGGCGAGUAUAUAUACAGUCUACAGAGUACUUUGUAUUAAACAGUUCGUAUUUAACUUGUUAGCUCCUCGAACCAUUUCCUAUUUUUAGUUUAUUUACCUAUUUGUGAUU